AUGGGACCUACAUAUCGUGAUGAGGAUGAGGCUUACGUCGCAGAUAUACCUGCAUUGACCGACGAUGAAACUGAUAGUCUCCCUGAGAGUCGAGAUCUUCACAUACGAUCAGCCUCCGAGACCUCCGAGACCGCCCUUCCAAUCCCCAUAUGGCUCAGAGAAUCCGCAAGCACAUUUAAAUACAAAUGGGUUCCCCUGCCUGUCCGGAAGACCUCUAGAGCGGUGAUAAUCUGGGUCAAGGGGCCUAUACCCCCACAGAUACUGCGGAUCGAACCCAUAUUUCCGAAAUUACAGAGAGCUCCGAUUGCUCUGCUGGACAGAUAUGCGCCGAAGAAAAAGCAGCGCUUCAUUCUUCUGGCCGCUCUCUAUGCCGCUUGGUUUCUUACUUGGUCCCUGAUGCUCAAAAGUCAUUCUACAUCCGGAUUUAUCAAAGGCUAUGGCAGGCCUCGGAACUUAUGGUGUGGCGCGAACUUCUGGAAUGAAGGCAAUGGAUGUGGCCUCAAUGGUAAUCAAUGCCGACCGUUUUCCUCUGCCCAUCUGGCCUUUCGAUGUCCUGCCAAUUGUUUAGGAACACAUUUGUUGGAAGAGCGUAUAGUCGGAAACAUCUCCCUUAGAUAUGAAGGCCUCGUGGUCGGUGGACCGAAUCCUGAUGAACCAGGUUCCUUGGCAGUUUAUCGAGCCGACAGUUUCAUCUGUCAAGCUGCCAUUCACGCCGGCGUUAUCACUGAAGCCACUGGAGGCUGCGGAGUUGCGUCUCUCAUUGGAUCUCACCACAAUUACGAGUCUUCCAAUGCGCAUGGGGUCAAAAGCACUUCAUUUCCAGCCACAUUCCCCCGUUCCUUCACCUUUCAAGGGUUGAAUUCAUCUCAGGCACAAUGCCCCACCGACUCGCGUUGGCCGCUUUUCGCAGUGACAGCCGUUGCACUUGUCAUACUGUCACUUUUCACGACUUCUCCUGGAGUCUUCUUUUUCAGCACCUUCGUCAUCCUUUUCUUCCACGUUGGCCUGGUCUCGGAUCCACCGAAUACAGCCAACUUCUAUGAAUCCAUCAGCAAGCUGCUUGAAAGACUUUUGCCAGCAGCAUUUAUAUCAUAUAUCCUUUAUAGAACCUCUGCUAUACCGCUACUGAAGGGGCUGAAUGCCCAGAUUGAAAAGACAGUUCUCUACCUGGGAUUUGCUUUUAUCGGUGCGCUGAACAACUAUACCUUUGCGCCACUGAUCCCGAUUGAACGAUUGACGCCACAUGACCUCGCUCAACCAGGAGCAGCUCUGGCACUAACCAUCAUUAUUACCACCGUUGUUGCAAUCAUCAUUGGCCAGAUCCACUACAUUCGCUUGUCUGGAAAUAUGCCUAAAUAUCUCGCUAUAUAUGCAAGCUUUGGACUUGCACUCAUCAUCCUGUUGCUUCUUCCAGGUCAGCGCCUCAGGAUACAUCACUACAUUCUUGCUUUGGUCUUUAUGCCGGGUACAGGGUUUCCAACUCGCCCAGGUCUCAUCUAUCAAGGCCUGUUACUCGGUCUCUUCGUCAAUGGCGUCGCCAGAUGGGGCUUUGCAUCGAUCAUCCAGACUCCCGCAGCUUUAGGAGAGGAAGGUGGUGGCAAUGGUGGAUCAUGGUGGGGUGCGAAAUCUCCCAAUGUCACAGCGGUCGUUGGACCCACCGCCUCGAACAUUACGUUCAAUUGGGGUCGCUUACCGAUAGACACUGGCAUUGACGGCGUCAGCAUCCUUAUUAACGAUGUGGAGCGCUGGCGCGGCUACACCGAUGAAGAGCUGUACUGGGAACAGGAGCAAGUCACUCUAGAUCGCCGUGAGCUGGACAAUGACUACGAGCCCGAGUUCUUCAGAUUUGCGUGGAUGAAUGGAAACUCUGCCGGGAGAUACAGUCGGCCAGGCGUCUGGGACAAGAACGGUGUCUGGCAUGAAGGCCACAGAAAAUGA